AUUUAGUUUUAAGUGUUGCUUUACAGCUCAAGUACGUCUUCUGCUUCCUCUGUUCACAUUCUUCUUCAUCGAGGAUCCAUUUUGAGAGCUGGUGGAACGGUGUGAACCUUUGGUAGAUGGUUGUUGUCUUGUCAAUUGAAGAUUCCGGAAUCUGGAAGCUUAUAUAGUUCAGUGUAGGGCAGGAGUCUCUUUUUGUUUCUUGAAGAUACACAAGGCAUUACCGAGCAGCUGAGUUUAUUGUACGAGGGAAAUAUUCCGGAGGCUUUCUUUCAGAUGAUUGGCAGUAACUAUACUACGCUUGAGCGGUGCCAUGAUGGGCAUCUGUCUGAUGAAGCGCUGCUGCUCAAGGCUUCUUUUAAUCUCAUUUAUUUGUUCACUCACAAAUCUAAAUGAAGCGAUUAGUCCAGAUGGUGAGGCGCUUAUGAGCUUUAGAAGUGUAGUUUCUAGUGCUGAUGGUGUUGUCGGUAGAUGGAGACCAGAGGAUCCUGAUCCUUGUAACUGGAAGGGGGUAACCUGUGAUGCGAUAACAAAAAGAGUUAUAGCCUUGAGUCUUACUCAUCACAAAUUAAUUGGACCUUUACCCCCUGAGCUUGGAAAGCUGGAUCAGUUGAGGCUUUUAAUGCUUCACAACAAUAAUUUAUAUGGCUCAAUAGCUACAGCAUUGGGAAAUUGCACAUCGUUGGAGGAAAUAUACUUGCAGAACAAUUUCUUCACUGGCCCAAUCCCAAGUGAAAUGGGAAACCUGUCAAUGCUUAAAAAUCUGGACAUCUCAAACAACGAUCUCACUGGAGCUAUCCCUGUUUCACUUGGGCAGUUAGAAAAGCUUACUAAUUUCAAUGUCUCAAACAAUUUUCUGGUGGGGAAGAUACCUUCUGAUGGCUUACUCGCCCAAUUUUCGAAGGACUCCUUCAUCGGCAAUUCUAAAUUGUGCGGUAAACAAAUUGAUAUGGAGUGCCCAGAUGAAAACUCUUCUACUGGUUCUCGUUCUACAGGAGGCCAAGGAGGUAAAACUGGUAAGCUACUUAUAAGUGCAUCUGCUACUGUGGGUGGGCUGCUCCUAGUGGCGCUCAUGUGUUUCUGGGGUUGCUUUCUCUAUAAAAAGCUUGGUAGAGAUGAGAGUAAAAGACUUGCUAUAGAGGUCGGUGGAGGUGCGUCUAUCGUGAUGUUCCAUGGAGAUUUGCCCUAUGCUUCUAAAGACAUUAUCAAGAAACUGGAAGCUCUUAACGAAGAGCAUAUAAUAGGCUGUGGAGGUUUUGGAACAGUUUACAAGCUGGACAUGGAGGAUGGCAAUGUAUUUGCGCUGAAAAGAAUUGUCAAGUUAAAUGGAGGGUUCGAUAGGUUUUUCGAAAGGGAGCUUGAGAUUCUGGGAAGCAUCAAACAUCGUUACCUCGUGAAUCUACGUGGAUACUGCAACUCACCCACAUCAAAGCUUCUGCUGUAUGAUUACCUUCCUGGUGGUAGCCUUGACCAAGCUCUUCAUGAGAGAGGCGAGCAACUGGAUUGGGAUUCACGAGUGAAUAUAAUAAUAGGAGCAGCAAAAGGGGUAGCAUACUUGCAUCACGAUUGUUCUCCUAGGAUCAUACACCGUGAUAUAAAGUCGAGCAACAUUUUACUCGAUGGAAAUCUGGAGGCUCGGGUAUCGGACUUUGGGCUUGCCAAGCUGUUAGGGGACGAAGAAUCUCAUAUUACAACCAUUGUUGCAGGCACAUUUGGUUACUUAGCUCCAGAGUAUAUGCAAAGCGGUAGAGCGACUGAGAAAACGGAUGUUUACAGUUUUGGGGUUUUGAUUCUUGAAGUCUUGAGUGGUAAACUUCCUACGGAUACUUCCUACAUCGAGAAAGGCUAUAACGUUGUCGGUUGGCUAAACUUCUUGAUCAGUGAAAACCGUCCACGGGAGAUUGUUGAUAGAAGCUGUGAAGGAGUAGAGACAGAGAGUCUUGAUGCUCUUCUAUCUAUAGCAACAAAGUGUGUGUCUUCAAGUCCUGAUGAGCGGCCUACAAUGCACAGAGUAGUCCAGUUACUAGAAUCCCAAGUCAUUUCUCCUUGUCCUAGCGACUUCUACGAUUCCAGCUCCGAUUAAUCACAUUCAUCUUCGGUCCCUCUUGGUUUUGAUUUUUUUUUCUUAGAAUGUUCUUGUGAUUGGUUAAACCCUUCCAUUUGAUCUGAAUAUGAAACUAUAAUGUAUAUGAUCAUUGUAGAAACCCUUAAAUUAUUAUAAGAAUCUAAAUAAUUUUUUUUUUAUU